GACUUCAACAGUAUGACACCUGAAGACAAAAACGUGGAGAUGUGGAGAAUCAAGAAGCUGAUUAAGACGUUGGAAAACGCAAAGGGAAACGGAACUUCUAUGAUUUCGCUGAUUAUUCGUCCUGGAGAUCAGAUUGCCAACUCUGUGAACAUGCUUAACACUGAAUAUGGAACAGCUUCGAAUAUUAAAUCUCGUGUAAAUCGUCUCUCUGUCCUGAGUGCCAUUACCUCGACCCAGCAAAAGCUGAAGCUUUUCACUCGUGUGCCUCCCAACGGUUUGGUCGUGUACUGUGGUACCUGCAUCAACGACGAUGGCAAAGAAAAGAAGAUGUCGUACGCGUUCGAGCCCUUCCGUCCCAUCAACACCUCCCUCUACCUGUGCGACAACAAAUUCCACACCGAGGCGCUGGCUGAGCUGCUCCAGGACGACUCGACGUUCGGCUUCGUGGUGAUGGACGGUUCGGGCUGCCUGUUCGGCACGGUGUCCGGCGGUUCGCGCAACGUCCUGCACCGCUUCACGGUGGAUCUGCCGAAGAAGCACGGCCGUGGAGGCCAGUCGGCGCUGCGAUUCGCGCGUCUGCGUCUGGAGAAGCGGCACAACUACGUGCGGAAGGUGUGCGAGCUGUGCGUGCAGUUCUUCGUGGAGAACGAGAAGGUGAACAUGGCGGGCAUCGUGCUGGCCGGUUCCGCCGAGCUGAAAGACGAGCUGUACACGUCGGCGGCAGACAUGCUGGAUCCGCGCAUCAAGAACGCGGUGGUGAAGGUGGUGGACGUGUCGUACGGCGGGGAUAACGGGUUCAACCAGGCGAUCGAGCUGUCUGCGGACACGCUGGCGAACGUGAAGUUCGUGCAAGAGAAGAAGCUGAUCUCGCAGUACUUCGACGAGCUGGCGAAGGACAGCGGGAAGUACUGCUACGGCGUGAAGGACACGCUGAAGUGCCUGGAGAUGGGCGCGGUGGAGACGCUGAUCGUCUGGGAGAACCUCGCGGUGAACCGCGUGGUGGUGAAGAACUCGGCCGGCCAGCUGAACACGCUGUACCUCACCGAGGAGCAGUGCACGGACGGCGCGUUCUUCAAGGACCCCAUGACGGGUCUGGACAUGGAGACGGUGGAGAAGGAUCUGUUCCUGGAGUGGCUCGCGGAGAACUACAAGAGCUUUGGAACCACGCUGGAGAUUAUCACGAACAAGUCGCAGGAGGGAGCGCAGUUCGUGCGCGGGUUCGGAGGCAUUGGAGGUAUUCUGCGUUGGAAGCUGGAGCUGGAGACGAUGGGAGAUGAUGAUGAUGAUUUCAUGUAACUUCGGGUGUUUUUUGC